AUGUCAAAUCCAGAGGGGUUGAUCAGUGAGGCAACUAAAAAAUUGAACAAAAGUAGUGGAUUUCUUGGGUCCAUCUUUGGAGGCUCAAGUACCACAAAGUAUGAAGAAGCAAGUGAAUUAUUCACACAAGCUGCAAACUUAUAUAAACUACAACGUCGAAAUUUUGAAGCUGGUUCAGCUUUCGAAAAAGCCUCAGAGUGUCAAGUUAAAGCAGGCUCACUGGAUGAAGCGUCAAACACUUUAGUCGAAGCAUAUAAGUCGUACAAAUUGGAGAAUCCAAGCAAUGCAGCAAAGUGCCUUGAAAAGGCAAUUGAAAUGUUCAUCCAAAGAGGACAGUUUAGAAGAAGUGCUAACUUCAAAAGCGAUCUAGGUGAAUUGUAUGAGAAUGAACUACAGGAUAUCAAAUCAGCAAUCAAAAGCUAUGAAGAUGCCAGCGAUUGGUACAAGGGCGAUGGUGCAAAUGCCUUGAGUAACAAGUGUCUAUUAAAAGUAGCUGAUUUGAAUUGUGAUGAGAAGAUUAAAGAUUACAAGAAAGCUGCAACAAUCUAUGAACAAAUUGCCAAAGAAUCUCUCAACAAUAACCUGGCAAAAUGGUCAUUGAAGGAAUAUUUCCUAAAAGCAAUCAUCUGCAGACUAGCGGAUAACAAUGACUAUGCAAGUGCAAAUGCGUUAUUAACAAGAUUUUUAUCGUGGGAUCCCAGUUUUGAAACCACUAAAGAAUUUGAGUUUUGUAACUCCUUAAUUGAGGCUGUCAGAUCGGGUAAUGCAGACGAUAUUGCUAUUGCAUCAAAGAAAUUCGACAAGUUUACCAGGCUCGAUGGUAUGAAGAUAAAGAUAUUGAACAACAUCAAGAACAACAUAGUGGAAGCGCCUGUAGAUAUUGAAGAAGAUUUUACUUAG